GUGGACAGUUACAAUUAUGAGGUGUGCGUAAUAAACGAUACCAGUAAAAAGAUUCCCAUCCUCAACUGCACGAAUCCAGAGAGUAGCAAGUUUUUUACCAUGCUCAUCUUUGAGUUUCAACCCAUUCCUGGCAUUCCGGACUUUCAGCUUGGGAAAAAUUAUUAUUUUAUUACGACCUCUGGUGGGCGAAAGUUUAACAUCAACAACCAAUAUGAGGGUGCAUGUAAAGAAAAUCAGAUGAAGAUGAUGCUGCGAGUGCGACCAAAGACUACAGAGGGUGUUAAUAGCAACCCAGCCUCUAACACCAAUAACAAUAACAACCCACCUACAGCCCAGCUUAAAACAACGUUAACAUCAACAACCACAGCAACUACAGCUUUACUUACUACUACUACCACCACUGCUACAACAGAAGUUACCAAAUCAACAGCAAGGCGGCCUUCGAAAAAUAACCAUCACGAAAAACCCGGUGAAGGAGAUAACGUUCCCGGCUUCGAUGGCUUCCCAGAUGAUGAUACAGUGAUUCAUGCAGGAGAAGCGCCAAACAUCAAUUCCGGCAUUAUCGCCGAUAAUGGGUUGGAAAGUUCUGGGGUCUCCAUAUAUAGGCAACACAAACAUUGUGUCCACUGUUUAGAUUUAAUCACGUCAGUGUGCUUCUUGAUAUCAGCAGUGCUAGCUGGGCGGUAG